AGGCCUCUGUCAAAUUGGAAAAACAUCACUCUCUGCUCUCCUGCUUCUUCUCCGCUCUGCUAAUUACUCCUUCAAUAACCCAUUAGCUUUUCUCAACCUAUCACUCAAAAUUCCCCAAAACCCAUAAAGCAAAUAGCUCACUUUUUGCCUCUCUAGCUCCUCUCGACCAACUCGACCCAGACCCACCCGCCUUCCUUCUUGAAUGAGCCCGAAUUCUCGGAAAGGGUAUGGAUCCUCCAUUGAUAAAUGAGACCUCUUUCUCUGCAGCCAACCCAUCUUCCUACACUUUGACAGAGAUUUGGCCGUUUUCAUCAAUUAACGGAGGGGCUGACAGUGGCAGGUUGGGACUCCGGAUGGGGAAUUUGAUUGCCGGGUCAGAUGGGUCGGUGGAGGAAUCCACAGUGACUGACCAGAGUAUUUCUGGAGCCUGUGGAAAUGGGAGGAAGAGGAGAGUUUUGAGUUCGGAGGAUGAGUCAUCUAAGAUGGUUUCUACUACAAGUAGUGGAAAUGAAUUGAAUAGUUCAAAUGGUAAGCGGAUGAAAUUUUCAGGAUCCAGAAAUGAGAAUGUUAAUUCAAAAGUUGAACUAGAAGCUAGUUCUUCUAACAAUGAUAAGCCAGCUGAACAAAGCAGUAAACCAUCUGAGCCGCCUAAGCAAGACUACAUUCACGUGAGAGCAAGAAGGGGUCAAGCAACUGAUAGCCAUAGUCUAGCUGAGAGAGCUAGGAGAGAAAAGAUAAGUGAGAGGAUGAAGAUACUGCAAGAUUUGGUCCCUGGGUGUAAUAAGGUUAUUGGUAAAGCACUUGUUCUUGAUGAGAUAAUUAAUUACAUCCAGUCAUUGCAGCAGCAAGUUGAGUUCCUGUCAAUGAAGCUAGAAGUGGUUAAUUCAAGAAUGAACAUGUGUCCUUCAAUUGAAGGCUUUCACCUAAAAGAUCAUGGCACACAGCAAUUCGAAGCUACUGGGAUGAUGUUUGGUCCUCAGGCAGCGAGAGAUUAUACUCAAGCGUCACAACCCGAAUGGUUACAUAUGCAGAUUGGAGGAAGUUUUGAAAGGACAGCAUAAACAUAAGCAACCUGAAACUUUUCUCUGUUUCUUUGCUUUAAGGAAAUCUAUUACUUUUCUGACUAUCCAUUGCAAGACUCUGAUUGAAGUUAUAAUCUCAUUUCAUUUGUAGAAAAUGCAUAUAAUCUGAAUGUACAUGUAUACUGCUUCUAAUCUCAUAUAUGCAUAUAUUAGAUCAUUUGACAGAAUC